CCGACUACUCCCAUCUCAUCUUGCAAGAACACAGAUCGAUUUUUGAGCAGUAGAGCAGUGCAACAAGAGGAAGCAACCAACGGCUUGACCGUUCGAUCGAUCGAUCGAAGAACUGCAAGAACCUAGCUAGUAGAAGCAGCAAAGGAGAGCAUGCACGAGAUGAAGAGUGAUCAUGGAGAAGGAGAGGAAGAGGUGGUGCUCGUAGGAGACGAAGAGGAAGAGGACUUGGUUCUCCCCGGGUUCCGAUUCCACCCCACCGACGAGGAGCUCGUCACCUUCUACCUCCGGCGGAAGGUGGCCGGGAAGCGGCUUAGCAUCGAGAUCAUCAAGGACUUCAACAUCUACAAGCAUGAUCCUUGGGACCUCCCAAAGGCGAGCACGAUUUCCGGGGAGAAGGAGUGGUACUUCUUCUGCCUGCGGGGGAGGAAGUACAGGAACAGCAUCAGGCCCAACAGGGUCACCGGCUCCGGCUUCUGGAAGGCCACCGGCAUCGACCGCCCCAUAUACUCCGCCGCCACCGGUCGCGCCGGCGACUGCAUCGGCCUGAAGAAGUCCCUCGUGUUCUACCGCGGCAGCGCAGGCAAGGGCACCAAGACCGAGUGGAUGAUGCAUGAGUUCCGCCUUCCGCCGCGCCCCGAAAGCGCCAACUCCUCGCCGAGCACGCAAGAAGCGGAAGUAUGGACCAUCUGCCGGAUAUUCAGGAGGAGCAUCACCUACAAGAAGCAGCCGCAGCGGGUCGCCGGCACGAUGGCCGUCGCGCAGCCCGAUUCGAGCUCCAUCACCGGAAGCCUCGAGUCGGACACUGGGGACGAGUACAUGAACGGCCUGCCGGCGCCGCAGGCUCCGGUGAAGAGCAACGUGAACAACGACUAUGGCUACAGCCAGCAGUUUCAGGGGCAAUGGAACAGUAGCGUCCUGCAUGCGGCGGCCACGGCCCCUCUGCCAUCGCCGGCGAUGGCAGCAUCCCAUCACGGCGUGCUUAGUAGCCCCGCCGCACCGAACGACGACCUGUACUACAAGGAUGGGUGCAGCUGGGACGACAUUGGCAGGAUGGUGAUGGAGCUGACUGAUCCGGGUGUGUUCUACGACUGCAGAUACGCUCAGUGAAACCUGCCGACAAAACACGAGACUGACAUGCAUGUAGGGCCUGCGUGCUAGGUACUUACAGCAGAGUGCAAUUAUAUGAUAGAUCACAGAGUACAAAUUUUUGUUGUUGUCAUUUGUAGCAGUGUAUACAUCAUAUGGGAUAAGAUAUUUAAGGGA